AUGAAUGUCGUAGGUUCUGAUAAAGAUAUAUUUUCGGCGGAUGCUGAGAUGACAGAUCAGGCAGAUGCUGGAAAAGAAGCACUGCUCAUAAACCUCCUAGAUGACCUCAGGAUUUAUAUGCAUUCUGGGCUUAAUGGGCUUGAAGGAUCGUUUGAUGUCUACAUGAAAUUACUGAGCAGUUCUUCAGGAUUUUGCAGAACAUUCUUUGGAAGAGAGGACUGCAAUAUCUCUGUAGAUUCCAAACCACUGUCAUGUUUGGUCCAGUCAGUUUUGUCUAAGUUGGUCGAUGGAUCUAAGGAUGUUGCUGCUUUUCUCACAAUCUUUGUCAGACAAAAAAACCUUUCUUCUUGCAUUCGAGAGACAACAGUUAUGAUAAUGGAUAUAUCUUCUUCAUCAAAAAGAAUAUCAGAGCUACUUCUGCUAAAAUUUGCGCAGCCUAAAAGUGAUAGUAUUGAAUUGGAUAUCAAUAUAAUACUAUUCUGGCUCUCUCAAAUACGAUCAGCUUACAAGGUUCAACCAUCUUCGGUACUCUGUCAACGCUCUGAGAUCUGCUUACGUAUCAUAAAGCCCUUGUUCUCUCAAAUAUCAGAACUGGACCUUGUUUCUGGACGCUCUUCAGAUAAGCUUCUUGCUCCUUUUGCAAACUUAGUGGCCCAGACAGUUCUUUGCCACCCAGUUGUGAUGGCACUGGUGGAGAGUCCCUUGGAUUGUGGCACAUUACCUCCAGUGCAGAAUGUUGAGAUUUUUUCAGAAGCGUCAUUGAUUAGUGAAAUAGAUCAACACAUCCUUAAUCUACCUGUGAGCACAUUUUGUUUGAUUGUGCGGAAAGGGGACCUCAAGGCAAAUAAGUCAAUUAUGGCUUUUAAGAAAUUGGUCAAUAAGCUUCUCUUGGUAUUCAGUGACNAGUUUGAGCUUUGCGUUGGUUCUCAAGAUUACGCUCCGCUUCUCCAACCAUCUCGACUAAUUCAUGAUUUGUUGAUAUUUAUAUCACCUGUUAAACUUUUAUAUCUUGCCCGUUCUAUGCUGAAGAAAAUCAAUGAGGAAGAAUUAGGUAGCCCAAAUUCGAAAAUCAUUCUCAGUUUGGGAUUCGAUAUUGCUGGUGGAGCUUUUGAAAUGCUUAUAUUGUAUUCACAGCAGACGGCUUCUAAGAGAAGGGUAUAUGAUUUGAUGUGGCAAUUAGAAGAAGAGAAUUAUGAGGGUAACCUCAUUGAGGAAGUCUAUAGCCUGGCAUGCAGCUUUUCUACCUCUUUUGGUUUGGUUUCGGCAGAUACUUGUUUGCUCAGAGUUUUUGGUGGCAUUUUCAAGGGGAAACAUAAUCAGCAUCGUAGUCAAACAACAAGAUCACUCUGCGCUUACAGCCGAUCAGUUUAUCAUGCUUCUGCCUGCUGUGCUGUCGUAUCUGUCAUCCGUUUCUGUAAAACUCCAGAGCCGUGUUUGGAUAUAACUGUUUAUUCAAAUAUACUAGUAAAUGAUUUUUCGUCCGGGGGCAUAUUUGAAGAGAAGUAUGAAGAGAUUCUUGUGUCGACGACUGAGGAUAUCGACACUAUGUUUGAUGCAAGUCUUCUUGGGAAGGCAGUACAUAUGUUUCAGUAUCAGUUGACUGAAAGUCCAACUAGAACAAACGAUCUCUUAAAGGUAUUAUAUUCCAUGUUUCCUGACACUAGUGCUGACAAAAUGAUAAAAGUAGACGUUCGGCCAGUAGACCAUAUAUUGAAUGUUGCUAUCCACGAAGUUGCAAAAGUAGAACUUGCAAGGAUUUGUUUGUUUCGUGAGGAUAGAAGUAUGUACGAAGCAAGUAGUUGUGUGAAUGCAACUUCUCCAGAAAUAGGAUCCAACAGAGCAAGUCUAUUAAAUCGGCUACUAAAUGCUUUGGAAUGUGUUGUCAAGCUAUCUGAUGAUUGUUUUAAACAGAUUUCUGAAGCAGAACAAGAGAAGUGUCUGUUCCUAUGCAAAAGCCUUGAAAAUUUCAUUUUGAGAAGUAUUCUUAAGUUUUUGGAAGACGCAUGCGAGGAGCUUGUUCACUUGGAUUCCCUUCCUUUCCUUGAGAGACUGAUGGAAUCAGUUCUUCAGUAUAGAUUUGAGGACUCAAAGACAUUGAAGAUAAUGACGGNAAUUUUCUCCUUAUUGUCUANAGGAAAGUGCUNGUAUNCACCAUACAUCCAACUCUUAGAUACUCGGCUUCCACCGAGUUUCAGUUCUCUAUCCCUAUCGUCCCCACAUAGUGCACCUGACUAUGCGGUGCAGUUGGAAAUUGCCAAAAAUCUCAGAGUGCUGCUCUCCAAAUGUGGAAAAGAUUCAGGAAUCAAUAUGAAAGACCUGCAUUUUCUUCUUUUGUCUUCUUAUGGUGCAACUCUGAGCGAAAUCGACUUAGAGCUCGACAAGUUGAUGCAUGAUAUCGAGUUGAUUGAUGACGAAAGCAUGCUGAAUGUUUCUGAAACAAAUUGUUUGUGGGGUAAGGCUGCCUUGGAAAUAAGAGAGGGACUGUGUUUCUUUCAGGACGGUGGGAAAGCUGAUUUAGAGGAAGAUCAAAGACAUCGUCUUUUCAAAGAAAAUAUUUGUGUUGAUCCCAAAAUAUGCGCUCUAACUGUUUUGUAUUUUCCUAACCAACAUACUGCAGAGGUAUCGGAUAACUCUUACAUACAUGAUGAUCCAUUAAGCGAGUGUUGUUGGAUGAAGAAGCAUGUAAAGGAUGGACUUAUGCUUCUACUGGCGUAUGUACAAAAUGGAGUUGAGGAACCAUGGCAAAGAAUCCCAAGUGUUUCUGCUGUUUUUGCCGCUGAGGCAUCUCUGAUAUUGUUGGAUUCUUCUCGUGAACAUUAUGUUCCCAUAAUUGAAUUUUUGAAGAGAUCAGAUCCACUGAUGCUGAGGGUUGUGAGAAAGUCUGUCAAAUUCCAUAAGACGGCCCGACAUCUAAUUAGAAACUGUUAUCUGUUAUCAUGGUGUUCAUCAUUUAUCUCAAUGUUUAGUACGAAGCCGCCCAUUGGAGAUGAAGAGUCGCGCUUUGUGGUUGUGUUGGAGUAUUCGUUUGCUGAAUUUGCUUUGUGGUAUUGUAUUGUCAGAUCAUAUCUGAUGCACUCGCCUCCAGAAAUGUUUCAGAGUGGUUGCAAAGAAUUGCCCUCGAAGAGCUAA